AAUGCUCCCACUCACCACUCACCACUCACAAAUCAAUCAAAAAUCCCCAAUCCAACCCACCAAUGGCUCGCACCAAGCAAACCGCUAGGAAAUCCACCGGAGGAAAAGCUCCCCGCAAGCAGCUGGCCACCAAGGCGGCUCGCAAGUCUGCUCCGGCCACCGGCGGAGUGAAGAAGCCCCACCGCUUCAGGCCGGGAACCGUCGCUCUCCGUGAGAUCCGCAAGUACCAGAAGAGCACCGAGCUUCUGAUCCGAAAGCUUCCCUUCCAGCGCCUGGUCCGUGAGAUCGCCCAGGACUUCAAGACCGACCUGAGGUUCCAGAGCUCCGCCGUGGCGGCCCUCCAGGAGGCGGCCGAGGCGUACCUUGUCGGGCUUUUUGAGGACACCAACCUCUGCGCCAUCCAUGCCAAGAGGGUCACCAUCAUGCCCAAGGAUAUCCAGCUCGCUAGGCGCAUAAGGGGCGAGAGGGCUUAAGGUUCCAAUGGGGUUUUAGUACAGAUUGAAAAGAGUAUGAUUUGCGCAGGCGAGGUGUUUGAUGAAAUGUUUAUUUUUAUGGGGUGUUGGCUUUUGCGUUUAGGGUAGAAAAUGUAGGUAAGUAUCUGAAAGAUUGUAAUGUUAACAUCUACGUUAAUGAAAUCCAGUUCCUCUUCCGAAA